CAAGAAGCUCAGGAAGGCAGCGCGCUGACCAAAGCGGUGACGGAGCGGUGAUGCAGCUGGAGCUCAGCCUCGCACCGUCAUGUGUUCUAACGUCUGCAGAAAGACGAGGAAACUUUUUGUAAACAGUCGGAGGAGAAGCUAGACUGAUGCCUGCGCCUGUCAGGUUUUGUUUUGUCGUUGACAGAAGCAGGUGUGGGUUUGGCCAUUCCACGUCUCUAACAGACGGUUCUCGUCAUCUCAACACAUCUUGGAUUAUUCCCCCGUUUCACCUUUUGUUGCCUCUGUCUGCUUGCUGAGAUCGACACUUGUUCGGUCGCAAUAAUGGAUCUUAUCACCCAAAGUCUGUGCCUUUGAGGUGUAGGAGCUCCAGCGGGGCCCAGCCUCUGCAUCUGAGGGAGACGAGGCCGCUCCCACCUGGGCCGCAGGACUCCUCUGAAACUGGUGGUCUCGGUCUCGCAGAACGUCUCCGUGUCGGGAUCAGGACGAGACAGGGGCGGUUUUUCUGACGCGAAGCAGAGACGGAGAAGUCCCAGUGGGCACAUUUCGCCCUGCCCUCUGCCCUCCACUGCCAUGACGACUGCUGUACAACCCAGUGAACUGGUGUUUGAGUUUGCCAGCAACGGGAUGGACGAAAUCAAUCAGCUGGACGAUCCGUCAGUAUUCCCAGCUGUGAUCGUGGAGCAGGUGCCAACAGCAGAUCUGCUGCAGGUCUACUCAGGCCUGGAGUCAGAUGAAGUGACCAAUGGAAUCAUGGUGGACUCCACGCUCCACGUGGUGGAAGAACCUUCCAUCCUGACAGGAGGCGUGGACCUCUCAGAAACAACCGUCUCCGGAGCAGAAGACAGCAUGGAAACAAACGAAGCCGCUGCAGCUCUUCUCAACAUGGAGUCUCCAAACAACAUUUUGGAUGAGAAGCGUAUGAUCCACACUUACAGCACUCUUCUGGAGUCAGAGCUGACUUACACCCCACUGAGACCGGACCAGAUGGACAACGUUGCCCUUGACGUGUCAUUAGACGAGGACACCUCAUCCAUGGACGACAAUCCUCAAAAGUUUUCGCUGAAACCUCAGAAAAAAACCAAAGUGCGAAAGCCGCGGGCGGUGCGUCCCUGCUCUCCCAUCACCACCCCUAACCUGCCUCUUAGGAAAAAGAGCAAAGAGGGAAAAGGGAACACCAUCUACCUGUGGGAAUUCCUGCUGGCCCUGCUGCAGGACAAAAACACCUGUCCCAAAUACAUCAAAUGGACUCAGAGAGAGAAAGGCAUCUUCAAGCUGGUGGACUCCAAAGCGGUUUCAAAGCUGUGGGGCAAACACAAGAACAAGCCCGACAUGAACUACGAGACCAUGGGGAGAGCUCUCAGAUAUUAUUAUCAGCGAGGCAUCCUAGCUAAAGUGGAGGGACAGCGGCUGGUUUAUCAGUUUAAAGAGAUGCCGGCCGACCUGGUGGUCAUCGAGGACGAGGACGCGGGAGCUGACACCAACUCUGCCUACGGGAACCAGAGAGCCUCCAACGGCCGAUCGGUGGUCCGAGGUGGGUCCAAAGCCCAAACUAGAGCUCAAGGAAACAACCAAGUCACAGAGAGAGCCAUGAAGCAAGAGCCAAACGAUGAAUGUUUGUACCACGAUGCCGGCAGCGGACAGGUUGAGCAGCUCCUCCAGUCAGUUCAUAUUCUGCAGGACGGCCAAGUCCAACAAUCAGCAUCUGUCAUGAGGUCCAUCAGCACUCCUGUAUCUGUUCCCAUGGUGCUGACAUCUUCUGGCUCUCUGGAGUCCGUUCCUCUCACCACAGUUCUUGCCAAUGGGGACUCCAGUGACUCCUCCCCUCCCCGGGUCAUUCUCCACACCGUCCCCUCCACAGCAGCAGGUGGGAAAGAUGUGCUCACCAUCCAGGCGGCGUCUCUCGCAGGCGGGGUCAACAGCUUGCAGGACGACCUCCCACAGCAACUUCUGUUCACCAGUUUGGGGACCGCCAUCUCCUCCUCCUCCUGCACCUCCCCGGCAGGAGUCAUUAGUUCCGCCGCUUCCAACCUCAACUGCAUCCCCCGCCUCGUCACCAUCAACACCACCAACGGGCAGACCAUGGUGGCGCAGCAGCCGGGGACCGUCAUCGCCACCGUGCUGAAAUCCAGCGACCUCUCUGGGCUGCAGAUCAAAGAGGAGAUGCUGGACCCUAGCUACUUUCAGUCCAUGGUGAACGGCGAUCCGUCUCUGGCCAUGCACACGUUUGACAAAGAAGACAUGGAGAUGGGUGAGGCGGAGCUUCACUAUAGGACUGUGAUCAUCGAUUCGAGUCAAAGCCAGGGGCCGAGUGGGACUGUAGUUAAUGGACAUUCCUCCCAAAGAAGCAGCCCCAGUGUGGGCCUUACCCCGGUUGAGGAGCUGGAGGUGCGCGGGGAGAUGUCCCUGCAACCGGAGCAAGGAGUCAAAUGCCUACAGGAGCUGCCUGUGUCUGUUCAAUUGCCUGCAAACUUUAUCCAGGUAAAAACAGAGCCUGCCGAGGCUUAGAGCAGCUAGACUCUUUGGCACAAACCGAACCGAAAGAAAACAACAGCUGGAUCCAUUUCCAUCUUUUACUUCUGUCUCCAAUCUUUAAGUACCAGAAGUGAGGGAUCAUGCAGCAUAUUGCUCCAAAAGUCACUCAGACCAGACUCGCAAUUGAAUGUUUACUCACAUACACUGUGACCACGUGCCUAAUUAGAAAAAUCAAGAGAACAAUAAGUUUGUUUUCUAAGAUUUCUGUUUUUUGGUUAGAUGUAGAAUCAUAUUCUGUAAACCCAAACAGACAAAAAUAAAGAAACGCAGAACACACCGUCAAACAAACAGAAGAAAAAGAAGGUAUCCCUGCCUGCCAUGUGCCACCUCCUUCAUUUCCUUCAUCACUGCUUCAAGAGGAGAGGGCAACAACCCCAAACCAGUGACUGAAUGCCAAACAACCAAACCGUGGACGUGUGCGUUCUCCUUCGCCGUACAGGUUCCUGCUCUUGGGAUGGACGGACAUCGACCUGUCUUCUGUUAAAAAAACGCUCACGUCAAUCGGAGAGUGCCUUACAGGAAGCUCAGAAAGAAAGCAAAAGAUGUUGCUUGAUACUCAAGAACUUACUAUGCAUUUAUUUUGAUAUAAACAGAGCAGGUAUGCAUAUACUGUCUAUUAGCCUCGGCCUUAAAACACUGCGUUGCCCUGGAAACGGUCAUAUUGUUUGAACCAAGGACAGCGCAGCAUCAGAACUGUGUAUAUUCAGACUGCAGGCACAUUCAGAUGGGGAGUGGAAAAGAUAAAAAAAAAAUGAAAAAAUAAUGUACUUCUGCUUUUAAAGGCUCAGAGGUUUAAAUCCUGUUUAUAUGACGUAUAGAAUAUAUCUAUAAAUGUAUGGAAAAAAAUACACCUGUAUGUACACAUAUAAUAUGCAACUGAGAUUGAAUUUUGAGGCCACAAGAAAUGUAUUUAUUUUGUGAAUUCCUAAAUUCUGUACAAAACGGCACAUUUUUUAAAAAUAUUAUUGAGGAAAAUCACAGUAAAUAUGAACCAGGAAUCGUUGGUAGAUUUAGUCCUUUUUUAUGUAAAGCCGCCUUCUUUCACUUGUAUAGCCUUCUAUGUAAUCACCCUUCACAUUCUCUUGAAUUUUGGACUUCUUGUUAUUCUCUAGAUAUAUUUUCUUGUAAAUAUCCUCUGAUUUAAAGAUACCACUGAAUGUGCUUUCUGUUCUUACUUCCCAGCAGACAUACCUCCCUGAUCUUUUUGAAACGGACAUAAUAGAUGCAUUUUUUGUAUUUAAGAAAAAGAUUCAGUCAGUACUGUAGAUGUUUGAUGUGUCAUCUUUAGUUUUUUUUUUUCAUUUAUGGAGCAAAAAAACCCCCAGAACCUGCUGAGUUUUUAUAUAUAAAAAAAACCCUUCCUCCUCUACUGCACCUGUCUCACCUCACCUUUGCGCUUUCUUUAUCUGCUGUCCCACUUGGUUAAAAAGCUCUUGGGCCAACUGUUCGAUUGGCCCCCUGAUCCCGUGGGGUGUGAAGCCAUAUUGAUCCUGAGCGGUAUCAGGGCUAAAUUGGUUGUACUUUCCAUCCAGACGGCAGCAGCAGAGGGAGGACGCUCAAACAAACUGAGCUCCAACCGUUCAGGACUUAAACGCUUCUUCAGCAGCUCAAACAUCUGCAGGUCCUCUGAGUCCAUGCUUGGUCUUUACCAACAACUAUUAAACAGGCUUUCAGUUUGAGUUUAUUUUUGUUUUUAUUUUUUUGACUGUAUAUAUUCUAGAAAAAUUUGUCCCUGAAAGGCUGGGGAGGUAUGUCCACUGCCUGUGUUUUUUCUUCUUUUGUGUUCGGUUCCUUUAUGCUGAAUUUUAGAAUAGAUUUUUAUGAAAAAUAAGUCAAUAUAAUUAAAAAAAAAAGCAAACAUUUUCCCUGUUUCCUCCGUAUUUUGUUUUCUUUUUAUUUAUUUUGUCUUGUUGCAAGUGUGAGACGCAGAUAAAAUGUUACGCAGAGAUUCCUUCUGAAAAUUCAACCAGAGGAAAAAAAACGAAUUAAAUCAAACCUGGAAAC